AUGGAGCUCUCACCGCGUCGUAUAGUAAGCAUUGUGCUCUCUGCGUGCCUUGUCGUUCCUACAACUGCUAUUGAGAGCUUCCGUAGACCUACCGUCAACUUCGCUGCCAGCAAUGAAAGCUAUCUUCUCGCUACCAGUUCUCAGCCAGCCAGCAUUCACAUCGAUGCUGCAGAUUGGCCUGGUGUACUUCGAGCGGCGCACGAUCUUGCCAUUGACUUCGGACGAGUAACAAACGCCAAUGCAACAUUGACAGCCACUGGUUCGCCCACCGCAAACGCGUCCACGAUCUUCAAUGUCACAGGCAUCAGCGAUGACUGGAGUGCGGGCACGAGCGGAAACAGCACUGGUGGCACGGCCAUCAUCGUGGGCACAGUCGGGAAUUCGAGCUUGAUUGACGCUUUAAUCUCAAGCGGCAAGCUCGAUAUCAGCGAAAUUGAAGGGCAAUGGGAGGCGUAUGUCAGCGCGUUAGUGCGGAAUCCCAUGAAUGGGACCGAUCAGGCGCUUGUCAUUGCUGGCAGCGACCGCCGAGGUGCGAUUUACGGUAUCUACGACGUCUCAGAGCAGAUAGGUGUAUCCCCAUGGCAUUGGUUCGCCGAUGUGCCUCCCAAGAGCCACGCUGAGGUCUACGCACUCGACGUCACAAAGGUGCAGAAGACUCCCACUGUCAAAUAUCGUGGCUUCUUCAUCAACGACGAAGCCCCUGCGCUGACCGGAUGGGCGAACAACAAAUACCCGGUAUACGGAGGCAACAGCCCUUUUGGAGCCGAGUUCUACGCCCAUGUCUUCGAGCUGCUGCUCAGAUCAAGGGCAAACUACUUGUGGCCAGCGAUGUGGAACGGUAUGUUCAAUGUCGAUGACCCACGCAACCAGCCGCUUGCAGACGAGUACGGUAUUGUGAUGGGAACUUCGCACACCGAACCCAUGGUGCGUGCCACCUCUGAGUGGAGCAAAGUGGCCAAGGGCAGUGAGUCUGGCUGGCAAUGGGCGACUAACAAUGCUACACUGUACGACUACUUCUAUGAAGGCGCUCAGCGAGCCGCGCCCUUCGAGAACGUGGUCACCGUUGGAAUGCGCGGCUACCAUGACACCGCUAUGUCUUCCGAUGUACAAACGAGUGUACUUGAGGCCGUCGUGGACGCCCAACAGGACAUCUUGAACAAGAUCUACGGCAAUGCUUCGGAAGUGCCACAGAUGUGGUGUCUGUACAAAGAGGUUCAGGAUUACUUCGAGGCUGGUAUGAAGGUUCCAGACUAUGUCACACUGCUGUGGACCGAGGACAACUUCCAAAACAUUCGAAGAUUACCCGUCGGCGACGAGAAGAAGAGAUCCGGCGGCGCCGGUGUCUAUUACCAUUUCGAUUACGUCGGUGACUCGCGCAACUACAAGUGGAUCGACACUAUCCAGCUGCAGAAGACGUAUGAGCAAAUGCGACUGGCGAAGGACCGCGACGCAGACAGAAUUUGGAUUGUCAACGUCGGUGACAUCAAGCCUAGUGAGGUGGCUAUCAGCCACUGGUUCGACAUUGCUUACGACAUCGAUUCCUACGACGAGACGUCGGUGCCUCAGUGGACUGCAGACUGGGCUGCACGAAACUUUGAUAAAGUACAUGCACAGACGGUCUCGGAAAUUCUGGACGAGUACGGUUUCCUCGCAAACAUGCGCAAGUUUGAAUGGGUCGAGCCCUCUUCGUACAGCAUUCUCAACUACGAAGAGGCUGACCGCAUUCUUGCGCAGUGGCAAGAUAUCGGCAAGAAAGCCCAGAAUAUCUUCGAUGUUCUUCCUGCGGCACAACAGCCCGCCUUCUACGAGAUGGUCUUGCACCGCGUACUUGCGGGUGGCAACUUUGUCGACGUGCAGAUCUCUGGAGCAAGGAACAUUGCUUACAGCGGCAUGGGAAGGAACAGCGCGAACAGAUGGAUGCAGCGCACAAUUGACGGUAUGAACAAGGACCACAACCUUACACAGCGCUACCAUGAGCUGUUCAAUGGCAAGUGGAACCAUAUGAUGGAUCAGACCCAUUUUGGAUACCAAGGUUACUGGCAACAACCCAUGCGCCAGUCGACGCCCUACCUCCGUUGGGUUCAGACAUCAGAGCGAGGACUCGCUGGCGACCUUGGCGUUGCCGUUGAAGGCAGCAACGCUACAAUUCCUGGUGAUGACCAAUGGCACUCAAACGGUGGCGGUUCUCUGAACCUUCUCGAUAUCACACCCUUUACUCCUAAACGCUGGUUGGAAAUUGCCUCCGUUGGUACACAGACCUUCAACUGGAACAUCUCGGCAGAGCCUUUCAUCAAGCUAUCUCAAGCGUCUGGCACCAUGGCACCGAACGACGAAGAUGUCCGCGUCUACGUCGAAGUCGAUUUCUCCCAGGUCCCUGAUGGUUUCGGUAAGAAGAGUGUCCUGAACAUUUCUAGCAGCAACGACUAUGGUACCCAGUUCGGCAUGCCGCAAGUGAUCUUACAGGUAAACAAGACAAGCGUUCCCUCAAACUUCAGCGCUGGUUUUGUCGAAUCCGCAGGCCAACUCGCCUUCGAGGCAGAACACUACACGCGCCUGACCCCAAAAGGAAACCUGUCUUUGACGACUCUACCCAACUACGGACGUACCCUCUCAGCCAUCAAGCUCAACGAUUCGCUCGUCGAAGGCCUCACCUCAGCGACCGCGCCAACUAUUGAGUACGACUUCGUCACAUUCACCCCGACGACCGCCUCCAAGGGCCUCAACGUCACGUUUAUACUUAGUCCUAGUCUCAAUAUCGACCCAAAGAAGCCUCUUGCCUACAUUGCUCAGAUCGACAACAAGCCUGAGCAGCGACGCCAGUACGUCAUCGACCAACCACAGCCAAACUUUCCUGUUGGAUGGGGUACAGCGGUCGCGCAGAACGCAUGGUACAAUACGACGAACUUUGGUGAGACAAGCCCAGGCAAGCACACGCUAAAGGUGUGGCUUGUGGAGGCAAAUGUCAUUCUGCAAAAGGUGGUGCUCAAUCUGGGGGGUGUGGCUUACAGUCACAAUGGCCCGCCUGAGAGUUAUCGUAUUGAUGGGGGUAAUUCAACUGUGGCAUAUUAG